AUGGCGCAUCAUGAUGCGGCCUACGAUUUAUUUAAUACCCUGGCUAUCCUGGACAAACUGGACAUUGACAGUGAGAAGCCUUCUGAGGAGGAGAUCGCGAGGCUCUUCGGUUAUGAAGAGGCAUACCUAUCAGGAGAGUUGGGCAUCUGGCAGAGGGUCAAGCCAAAAGUAUGGGCGCUGUUUGACGAGCCAUCCAGUUCACCAGCUGCCAAGAUGGACAAGAAAUAUAAGGUGAUAUCAGCAAUAUCCGUCUUCUUCAUCUGCAUAUCUGUCCUGUCGUUCUGCCUGAAGACACACCCUGACCUUCGGGUCUUCAGCCACGACAGCAUACUGAGAGAGAACGGGUCUGAGUCCCUGGAGAUGCUGUGGCAUGACAAUGGGAAGCCACAUGCAGCAUUCUUUUAUAUUGAGCUUGUAUGCAAUGUGUGGUUCACAAUUGAACUGCUCGUAAGGUUUCUGGUGGCGCCAAAUUUAAUAGAAUUCGUGAAGUCACCAGUAAAUAUUAUAGAUUUUAUAGCAACGCUAAGUUUUUACAUGGAUGUCGUGGUGGAACUGACGGUGGUGAGACAGUAUGUCGAUAAAGCCGACAUCCUGGAGUUCAUUUCCAUCAUUAAGAUCCUCAGGCUGUUCAAGCUGACGAGGCACAGCCCUGGCCUGAAGAUCCUGGUGCAUACCUUCAAGGCUUCUGCCAAAGAACUGACGUUACUGGUGUUUUUCUUGGUGCUUGGCAUCGUGAUAUUUGCGAGCUUAGUCUACUAUGCUGAGAAGUCUCAGGAUAACCCUGACAAUCAAUUCAAGUCCAUCCCCUUGGGGCUGUGGUGGGCCAUCGUGACGAUGACCACCGUCGGUUAUGGGGACAUGGCCCCCAAGACGUACCUGGGUAUGUUCGUGGGGGCUCUGUGCGCGUUGGCUGGUGUGCUGACUAUCGCUCUACCUGUGCCUGUCAUUGUGUCCAACUUCUCUAUGUUCUAUUCACAUACUCAGGCUCGGUCGAAACUACCAAAGAAACGGCGCAGAGUGCUACCAGUCGAGCAGCCUAGAAGAAAACGCGAUGUCAGCGCCUCCAACCGUCGUGUUAAUGCCGUGAAACACCCCGUAGUACUGAAGGACUUGCCCCCGGGAGGCAAUAAGUUUGGUGUUAACGGCAUGAACAUGAUCAGCUUGGCACUCCAGGGUCCAACCACAAACUUGCUUCGACCACCGACUACAGCAGCAAUGCCUCUUCAAGCAAGAGCGCCUAUUGUGGAGAGUCCAGUUAUCAACACGCAGUCUGGAGCGAUCUCGCUAGCGUCUCUUCAACCGCCUCUAAUGACCGCCCCGCCCCUGCAACCAAGACCUGCAACUACCGGCUCCUUAGACCUCAUGCUGCCAUUACAACCCAAGUUACUACCAGGUUUCAACCUACAGUCUUCAUUCCUAUCAAACACCCUCUCCACAGUACGACCACCAGAUAUUGAUAAAAAAGAUGACUUUUAUAAACCAAGGAUUGAAGUUAUUGUAGAAAAAAGAGAAAUUGAGGACAGUGACACUGUCGAAGAUUCAAAUAAAAUAGACCAAAUAAAUGGUUACAGUGAAUGUAGCAACCAUAAUAUAUCUGAAGUAGUUGAUAAUGAUAAUGUGAUGAAAGAUGAAAUUAAUUCUAAUUUAAUAGAUACCAAUAGUACUGUGACUUCGAAUGAUAAUGAUGAUAGUCCAAAUAACAAUUCUUAUUAAAUGUUAAUUGUAAAUGUUUCUAGCUGUGAAACCCCAAUAGAUAACGAUGUCUCCCAUUAGAUUUUAUGGAAUCUGUAAAAUAAUGAAAUCUCUUUUCUUAGAUUUUUCUAGUCAAAAUAUUUGUGUCAAAUCAAGAAAUAUUAGGGUAAGGUCACUUUAUGAAAUGAUGUCCUUUUUAUUUACUGUUGAUUGGAAUGUAAAGGUGCUAUGUGGAUGAAAAUUUUUAAAGUUAGAAGAAGAUAAAUUCAACUAGUGAAAGUUCUUAAAACGAGCUUCACGAUGAAACUGUUAUAGUUCUUGACUCAAUUUAAGUUUUAUAAUCUAUGUAUUAUGUUCAAAAAUUACUUUAUGGAUCAUGUCGACCUUUUAAUAACCAGCUAUAUGAAAAUCCUUUAAAAUAUUGAUGUUAUUUUCAUCCAUAGAGCAUUGUACAAUACAAUUGUAAACAAAAUGCCAGUUUCGCUAUGAGCGAUCGUCUAAACGACCAAAACUAGUGGUUUUAGCUCGAGUAUGAAAUAUUUUGUAUAUUUUGUAAAUGGAAGACAUGACAGUGAUUGAUAAUUGUACAUAGACUUCAAAGUUUCUUCCUUAAAAUAUUUACAGGAAAUAAAAUAAUAAUAUGUCUGUUUUAA